UCCGCGCGGCAGUUGCUCCUAGACGGCGGCACGGGAUGGAGGUGUCCGGGACGGCGCGGACGGGGAACGGUCUCCGAGCGGUGGCGAUGGGGCGCUGCGGCCGGUCGCUUCUGUGGCUGCUGCUUCUGUGUCUAGGGAGUCCCGCGGCCACGCUGGCUGGCUACAUCGAGGCCCUGGCAGCCAACGGUGGCAUUGGGUUUGCUGUGGCCGAGCCUCAGAUCGCCAUGUUCUGUGGAAAGCUGAAUAUGCACGUCAAUAUCCAGACUGGGAAGUGGGAAACCGAUCCUUCCGGGACGAAAAGCUGCUUUGGAAGGAAGGAGGAGAUUCUGCAGUACUGCCAAGAGAUCUAUCCAGACCUUCAAAUCACCAACGUGGUUGAAGCCAAUGAACCAGUCAACAUUAAAAAUUGGUGUAAGAAGGGGAAGAAACAGUGCAAGGGCCAUACCUAUAUUGUAGUACCCUUCAAAUGCCUUGUGGGCGAGUUUGUCAGUGAUGUCCUUUUGGUUCCGGAAAAGUGCCGCUUCUUCCACCGGGAGCGGGUGGACGUGUGCAAAAGUCACCAAUAUUGGCACACUGUAGCAAAAGAGGCCUGCUUAACCGAGGGUAUGAUCCUGCACAGUUAUGGGAUGUUGCUUCCUUGUGGGGUGGACCAGUUCCACGGCACGGAAUACGUCUGUUGCCCUCAGGCCAAAAUUGUAGACGAAGCGCUCUCUAAGGAGGAAGAGGAAGAGGAUGAAGACGAGGAGGAGGAAGACAACAACGAUGGUAACAAAAGUGAAUUGCCCACCGAAGCAGAUACAGAUGACUUCACGGUAGGAGUCAUGGAGUUGAAUGACGACGAUGAGGAAGAGCAAGAAGAAAACGAAGAAGAAGUGGUGGUAGACCAGGAUUAUUAUUACGACAGCUACAAGGACUACAACGAAGAGCCUCCAUCUGCACCAAGCAAGGAAAGAACUCUCUCCCAGAAGGAAAUCAUGAAUGACGUGAAAGCUGUCUGCUCCCAGGAGGCGAUGACUGGUCCCUGCCGGGCCGUGAUGCCUCAUUGGUACUUCGACAUGUACAAGAAAAAGUGCAUUCGCUUUAUAUAUGGAGGCUGCGGAGGCAACCGAAACAAUUUUGAGUCAGAGGAAUAUUGUAUGGCAGUGUGUAAAAAGAUGAUUCCACCAACUCCUCUGCCCACUGACGACGUCGACGUCUACUUCGAAACGCCUGCUGAUGACAAUGAACACGCCCGUUUCCAGAAAGCCAAGGAGCAGCUGGAGAUCCGGCACCGUAACCGCAUGGAUCGAGUGAAGAAGGAAUGGGAGGAAGCGGAGAUCCAAGCCAAGAACCUUCCAAAGGCCGAGAGGCAGGCCCUAAUGCAGAGAUUCCAGACGAUGGCCAAGUCCCUCGAGAAGGAAGCUGCGAGCGAAAAACAACAACUCGUGGAAACUCACCUGGCCCACGUAGAAGCCAUGUUGGAUGAGCGCCAUCGGGUCGCCCUGGAAAACUACCUUGUGGCUCUGCAGUCCGACCCCCCACGGCCCCACCGUAUCCUCCAAGCCUUGAAACGGUACAUCCAUGCUGAGAACAAAGACAGGCUCCACACGAUCCAUCACUACCAGCAUGUUUUGGCUGUGGAUCCAGAAAAGGCCGCUCAGAUGAAAUCACAGGUGAUGACACACCUCCGCGUAAUAGAGGACAGGAUGAAUCAAAGUUUAUCGCUGCUGUACAAAGUACCAUACGUGGCUGAAGAAAUCCAGAGUGAGAUUGAUAAGCUCCUUCAAGAACAGCGAACCGAUAUGGACCAGUUUACUUCUUCCAUUUCUGAAUCCCCGGUGGAUGACCACGUGAGCUCUGAAGAAAGUGAAGAUUCGCCGCUCUUUGAUGAUAAACCUUUCCGUCCAUUCCAGGUGAAAACUUUCCCAGCUUCUUCCAAAAGUGAAGAUUCUCAGCCGGAAUUGUACCAUCCAGUGAAAAAAGGGUCUGGCCUGGUGGAUCUAGACGGGCUGAUCGGAGCAGAAGAGAAAGUGAUCAACAGCAAGAGCAAGCUGGAUGAGAACGUGGUGAUUGAUGAGACGCUCGAUGUGAAGGAAUUGAUUUUCAAUCCUGAGAGAGUUGGGGGAUUGGGGGAUGACAUUCCGAAAACGGACCGUUCUAUGCGCGACGACUUCAGCUUCAGCAGCAGCGCUCUCAUUGGCCUUCUGGUGAUAGCGGUUGCCAUAGCUACGGUUAUAGUCAUCAGCUUGGUGAUGCUGAGGAAGAGGCAGUAUGGAACCAUCAGCCAUGGGAUUGUAGAGGUUGACCCAAUGUUAACUCCAGAGGAAAGGCAUCUGAACAAGAUGCAGAAUCAUGGCUAUGAGAACCCAACAUACAAAUAUCUGGAGCAGAUGCAGAUUUAAAGGGUGUUGAAACGGUUGCAUCCCUGACCAGCAGAUGUUUAGGGGAGAAAGGGCCAAAAUAGUCCAUUGUUUUGGAUCAACUACUGACCAACUGUCACUUGAAGAGGACUUCACCUUACAUUCAGAGUUCCUGGGUCAUUUAAGACUUAAAUUACUACUGUAGAAUUUCAAUUUCCAUUCUUUUCAAAUGGGCGAGGAAAUGAUAAUAUAACAAUAUAUGAUAUAUAAAGCGUAAAAUGGGAAAAAUGGAUCUAUUGCAGAUAUUUGAGAUGUAAUUUUUUUCCUUUUUUUUUUAAAGAAACCUAAUCUAAUGAGAAAUCCCAAUGCUGUUGUAUUGUCUAAUAUACAAGCUCUCAAUAUACAUGAGAAAUACUGUUUUAUUUCUGAUUCUCUGCUUGCAUAUUCCCAGGGUAUUUGUACCCAAACACAUUGUAUAAAGAAAUAAUUUAGUGGCUCUUCGGUCAUUUUGGCUUGUAGGGUUGCAAGAUUCCUUCCUUCCUUCCUUCCUUCCUCCCUCCCUCCCUCCCUCCCUCCCUCCCUCCCUCCCUCCCUCCCUCCCUCCCUCCUUACUUCUUUUCCACCCAUUGGGAUUUUGGAGAAAACAAACUUCAUAAACAUUAUGGAAAACUUUAAUACAUUCUUCGAUGCCAGUGACCUGUACAAAUUCUGCUGCUGUGUGGCUUGGUUCCCCCCAUCCAAAAUCUAGACCCCCUCUAAAGACGAGGCGGGGAACUGCUCUCUCGUUUUAGGAUCUUCGUAGUGGGAUUAUUGGGUCAGGAUUUGAGCAGAUUAGGAUGGCGCACCUGCCUUGCUUUCGGAAUCCAGUCCUCGCUGUAGAGUUGGAAGCUUUGACGUUGGGAUUCAGCCCUUCCCUCCCAGCAUAACUUCUCCUUUUUAGCCUUGCCUAAUGUAAGCAAAUCUUUCUUGUUAAUGUGUGUUCCCCCCCCUCCUCCUCCUCCUCCAUUCAGGGUAACUCAUGAUCAUUAGAGGUUCGGAAGGCCGAUGGGUCUUCCUGAGGAAGUUGGCUGAGGCUGAUGAGGCAUGUGCAUUUAAAGAGAGCCACUGUCCUGCCUUGAACAAAAAGGAGAAGCGAAAGAAGAAUGGACCCACAACGCUGCUCGCCAUUGCGCACAGCGUUAUGCACCCACAUGGAAACACAGUUUGCGAAACAAGAGGGAAGGAAUCGCCGGGCACUGAUGUGUCAAAAGAAUUGUUCCAUUAAUCAUCAUGUCUUUGUAAUAAUGCCUGUAUAGUUGGUGUUAAUCCUCACAGCGUUUUUUUUUUUAAAAGAAAAAUUCUCGAGGUUCUGAUAAACCUGUGUUGUAAUUUUUCCCCCCACUCUUUUUUUUUGUGUGUACAUUUUCUUUUUCACUUCCAAACCCACCCACCCCACCCCACCCCGGUAUAAUUUCUCUUCCCACUAUGCACAGAUUUACUUAACCUGCAAAAUUCCCUGGUGUGGUCUGUGGGGAAUGUAGAAAAAGUUGGAAACUCAUCAAUAAACUCCUUUAACUUCCA